AUGCGAAUCGUCGACGAUCCGACGAAAUGUGCUUGGCUAGCAAAUGGGCAUUCACUCGAGCACUAUUUAAUACGUCACCAGGACACGGUAGAGUACCGUCGUAAAAUCCGUCUACUAAAAGUCCGAAUGUUGGAUGGCUCAGUGAAGACAAUCCCAAUUGACGAAAGUCAUCCUGUCGGACAACUUAUGGUCGGCGUAUGCACAAAAAUUGGCAUUUCUAACUAUGAGGAAUAUAGCUUGGUUCGUGAGACGGAAGUCGAUGGUCGUGGAUCAAUGAUGAAUGUCAAAGACGAGCGCUCACGAACAAUUGACGGAGAACAGCGCAAAGGCAUGAUGGGAACGUUAGGCAGAAAAAAAGAGCAAAAGUUGGAGCAGUUGCGGCAAAAAUUACACACUGAUGAGGAAUUGGAUUGGGUCGAUCACAGCAAAACAUUGAGGGAACAGGGCAUUGGCGAAGACGAGACUCUUCUCCUACGACGAAAAUACUUCUUCAGCGACACAAAUGUGGAUAGCCGUGAUCCUGUGCAGUUGAAUCUCCUAUACGUACAGUGUCGUGACGGAGUGCUUCGAAGUCUCCAUCCAGUGACAAAGGAGAUCGCUUGCGAAUUGGGGGCGUUGCAGUGCCAGAUCGAGUACGGUGACUUUCCGGAGAACAAACCGAAGUUUUACAUAGAAGGACGUGAUUUUUUGCCGAAAGAGUACGCGAAGAGCAAAGAGAAUGAGAAGAAGAUCGUUCUGAAUUACAAACAACUGUCGGGUACGUCGGAUUUGGAUGCGAAAAGUAAAUACGUCCAUUUAUGUCGCGGUCUGAAGACCUACGGUGUCACAUUUUUCUUAGUGAAGGAAAAAUUAUGCGGAAAAAACAAGCUUGUUCCACGUCUUCUUGGCGUCAACAAAGAAUGUGUGAUGCGAGUCGACGAAAAAACAAAAGACGUGCUAAAAGAAUGGCCAUUAGAACAAGUGAGGCGAUGGAAUACAUCUCCAAGGACGUUCACCCUGGACUUCGGUGACUAUCAAGACGGUUACUAUUCGGUGCAAACUUCUGAUGGUGAGAAAAUUGGCCAACUAAUUGCCGGCUACAUUGAUAUCAUCGUGAAGAAGAAAGCGAUGAAAGAUCAUCUUGGAAUCGAAGGAGACGAAGGCUCUACAAUGCUUGAGGACGUUGUCGCUCCAGCGAAAGCCACUCUGGUGGCUCAUGGGCAGAUCGGAACCGGGCAGUACGCUCAGGACGGCCACGUGGCGCUGCGUGGCGUGCUGCGCACUCCGCAGCAGCAGCCGUACGGUUAUGGUAUCAACGGCGCGCAGUACGGUGCCGUCAGCGGCGAGAUUCAAUCGCAGAGUCUUGCAAGAGCUCAUCGCCUUCGUAUUCUGGACACCUACGAACAUCCUCAACGUGCUCUAGUCGGCACAAUAGAGGCGACGAUCAAAUCAGUCGCCGAAGCGGAAGAGGAAUUGGAACGCGAGCCGCAAAUUGAUCUGCCACGAUUCCAUGACGACUACACGAAACGAAAGUGGGUUGAUGAACAAGUCACCAUCAGUAAGGAGAAUGUCAACGAGCGGCUUGCCGCCAUGGGUGCAGCUACAGCACAGGUGGUCCAGUGGACGGCCGUGCAAGAAGAGUACGAUGAUCGUGUCGGGACCGCCAUCGCCACUAUCGGCUCGAAUCUACCGGAUGUUGGAAGGAAUGUCCGUGAUUUGGCUCAUUUCAUGCCAGACAGAAGAAGAGGAGAUUUGGUGGACGCAACAAGAAAACUGUGCGGUGCUUUUGGUGACUUCCUCCAUGCUGUCAAUCCAGAGCACGAGGAAAAGAGAACUACUGUACUUGCGGCGGCAGGGCGGGUUGGAGAUUUCUCGCAACAGGUGAUCAACACCAUGGAUGAGCCAACACAAGAACAGACGUAUUUCCACGAUCACCUUGUACAAAAAGCGAAGAACGUUGCCACAAGCACCGCUCAGCUUGUGCUCAGGUAUUUAAAUAUUAAAAAAUAG